GACGCGAAUAAAAGUGUUUGUUUAGUAAUUCGAGUGGCGCAGGUGCGGGACCGAAAGUGCGUUUUUAUGUAAAUAGAGGUGGGAAAUGUGAGCGUCCGGGCGCCGUGCUUUCACUUCGCUGUCGGGGUGUCUGCUUCGGGGAUUUUCACACAAACACGAGCGCAACAGCGCUCCGUCAGUGUGUCCAGGUCGCGAUGCCGCACAUCCCGGUGCCGGUUCUGCACGUGACUCUGCUGCUCUCGGCGCUGCCCAUCCAGCUUCUCAUCGCCAGGUGGAGCGGAACCUCGGCGGCGGAGCGCAGGAGCGCCAUGCACCGACUUGUUACCGUCUGGAACGAUUUACGGAAAAGCGUGACACGUUGGACAGAGUGGAUCAAGCAGUGGGUCUCCGACCUUCUUACACCGCCUGCAGCCGAGGAGAACCUGGACCCCCAGGGCGAGUCUGUGGCUCUCGAGGUUCUCCUCCACGACAACGAUCAGGGAUACUUUGGAGCCUCCAGGGAGGUGCGCAGCCCCAGGCCCCCCCACGUCUUGCACAGGGUCGGUGAGGUCAUCAUGGAUAAGAAUAACCGCAUGGUGGGUGUCAUCGUCAGCUGGGACGAGAAGCUGAAGGCACCAGCCGAAUGGAAGAGGAGGAUGUACGCGAGCCACGAGCUCCAAGCCGUGGAGGACACCCCCCACUACAAGGUGAUCUUCAGUGGUCCGGGGCAGUCAUCGAUCCUUGUCGGGUACCUUCCGCAGACGUUGCUCAUGCGUUUCUCCGGCUUUCAGCAGCCCAGCAUUCCCACUUUGGAUCAUUACUUCAGCCACUUUGACGGGGAACGCUUCGUCAUGCAGCCGUGGCUCCAGGAACGGUUCCCCGAGGACUGAUGGACUUGGGGGCAGAGUCAGACCGCAGUGGGCGUGGCUUGUUGCUCGGCUCCUCCCUCAGGACAACAGAAACCAAACUCUAUGAUCAGGAUCCUUUACAUGAAUAUGCAUCCCAAUGGAAGACUUUUAAUGUGUUCCAAUAUAACUGGAAAACUGAAGGUUUUAAUGUAUGAAUGUUGUCAUUUUAUUUUUUUAACCAUGAAAGGUAAAUGUGUUAUAAAAUCAAAAGUGUAAAUUGUACAGAAGGGGUAAUUACUAAGAUAUGGAAAAACAUAACUGUGAAACAUAUAACUGUGUUCCACAGCUGUGUUUCGAUGUCAGCAUCCAUCAGAGGGUCAUUUUAUUACUCUGUAAAUUUUCCUGGCACCUUACAAAGCAGCUCUGGUAGGACAAGGCUGUGGAACCGCUGUUUGGACCUUAAAGGCUCCUGAACGUGGCCCUCAUAUUUACUGCUCCGUAAAUGAGAAGGACUUUUCCCGGCACAGCCGUACGGUGCUGUUAACGCAUUUGAAAUAUAAUAAAGUGGAGAAGACAUCCACCGCG